UGAAGAUUUAGUAUUUCCCUAUUUUUUACAUUCCCUUUCAGCAGCACUUGAGAGAAGCUAAUGUUUUUCUGUUAGCGCUCACUUCCGGGAUCAAAAUUUUUUUCUUCAUGAGACCGGGACCAAAAACGUUGGUCCCGUAUAUGUCCGUUUUGUAUUCGUUAAAAAAAGAAAAAAACUUAUGUGAUUAUAUGAUUAUUAAAUGUAAAAAUAUUUCAGAUUUUAUCUUUGUAAACAAAAUGAUGAAUGUUGAAAGUCUUUGUUUUAAUUUAUUUUAUACCAUUUGACUAUGAUUAGAAAUCUGCCUAUUUUAACCAAUCAAGGAAAUAAAAUUAAUGAUUUUAGUUGUGUGUGUAGUCUUUUUACGCUCUUCAUCUUUUAUAAUUAUCGAUACUACAUUUAUAUACAUAUUUUUCAACACGUUUCCCUAACAAAGUGAUUAUUAUUAAAAAAUAGAUAUGGACAAGUUCUAAAACAUUAAGUUCAGUUAUGAUAGUUUUCAGACGAAUAAUAGGAAUAAUAGAUCAUUCAACAGCAAAAUUGAUAUAAUAAAAAAACUGUCAAAAACGAUAGUGAGAUAUUUGUUAUAAACUAUCUUUUUUUUUUGUAUAAUAAUACUAUUUUGAUCUUUUUUUCGUUUUUUGAGUGAAAAGAAUAAAGGAGAUAUCAGAAGUCAUGAAUUAUAUCUUCGAUUUGAUAAUUGAUGAAUUACUUUUUUUUAAAAAGCUUUUAAGAAAGUUUCAAAGAUUGAGUGUUAGUUGUUUUUAGGGCUAAUAUAAUCAGUGACGUAUUUCCACGUUAAUUGAUAAAAAAUCUUCUAUUCGUACAAUAAUUGUUUAUCUAUCAUCCAAUAUGAGAGUGCAUAAAAACUGAAAACUCCUAUGAUCAAAAAUGAUUUCCGAUAAUGAUAUUCAUUUAUUUUUAGAGAUGAUCCAAACGAGUUGCCAGCAUUUGUAUGUUCGAAUGAAGCCGCUAAAAGCUAUCGAUAUAGUAUUAAAGGUGACAAUUUGUUUGCUGCUGUUUUAUUAUACGCAAAACAAAAACUUAAAUCUGAUUCUUUAUCAUCAUCUAAUCAAACAGCAUUAAAAAAUUUAAUUAUCAAUUUGGAAAAAGUAGCACAGACAAAUAAAUUUUCAUUAGAUGAAACAUCUGAUAAAAUAAAAAAUAGACAAAAAAAAACGUGUUGUACAUUAAUAAAUAAUAUUGGAAUGUAUGUUCCGGUAAAAAAUGAUAUUGGUUAUAGACCAGUGCCACUUAAUAAAGAUCAAUUCAAGAAAUUAUGUGAAAAUUUAUGUAAUGGUAAAAAUAUAAAAAUAAAGCAAACAUCAGAAGAUGAACUUCAAAAUAUUAUUACAUGUAUACAAUUUGCAAAUGAUGAACUCGAUUAUGGUGAAGGUUUAGAACUUGGUAUUAACCUCUUUUUAUAUGGUUCAAAUAUUUUACAUUCACAAAUUAUUACUUUAUUACCGAUAGCAUAUCAAUUAUUGAAACGAAAUUUAUAUUCAAAAAUAAUUACUGAUCAUAUAGCACGACGUUCAAAUUCAAUAGAAGACAUAAAUUAUUUUAAAAAACAUAGAAAUAAUGAUUAA